AUGUCUGCAGAUGUUGGCGACACAUCUGAGCGUGCGUCGACAGAUGGAGGCAUCAAGCUUUGCCCUUUCUGGAAUGAGUUUUUACUCUUUUCUCCUGACCCAGCAGCGCUUUUCUUAGACGAGUUCAGACGCUUGGCCAACCAUAUGAAAUGGAGCAAAAAGAAGAAGCGCGAGUAUCUUGUGAAGGCAUUGAACGCUGAGAUCGACUUUCAUGGAGACGAGUCAAUCGGAUUAGUUCGCUGGCAACGCUUGUGCCAGGAGCUUGGAAUUGGCAGCGAGCCAGAGUCCAGCGAGCUAAAGUCCAUCACAAAAUGCAAAAAGGCCCUCAAGCCCCGCUUCGUGAACCUCUAUAGCCUUGUGGAUCACCGCCGAAAUCCGGACGUCGCGGUGAGGUGCUUCGACUCGUUCAAGGAGCUCGUCCACGACAUAGGCAAAACGGGAAGUUUUCCACGGGAGUGUGCAAAGAAGGAAGGUUACAUGAAGGUUUUACUCAAAAGGAUGUAG